AGAUGCGGAGGAUUUCGUAUUUAGUAUUAGUAUAACAAUAUCAGUCGCGUUGCUGCACAACAUGUGUUUCCAAUCACGUCGUGAAAUCAACUGUUGUAUCAUUCACUCACACCCGUGGGUGAGAGUGUUUAAAACUCAACGAGAGUUCCGCGGAGGUAACAAGAAUUUAAUUAGGGCGCCGUGUCGAUCAAUAUUCGUUGUAUCCGUCUAAACGGAUUUUUCGAUGGUUAUAUAUUUAUUUUAUUUCAAGAAAUUUAUCUAUCUGUUGCCUUAGUGUGAGUGUUAAAACCGCUUUGGUUUCUUGUUUUUAAUAAAAACCGACCCGACCAACUUUUUUAUGCAAGCAUGAUGCAGCGCCAAAAAUGAGAACGACAACUAAGUGUGUUACCCUAAUAAAAAGCUGUAAUAAAAUUUUUUAUUUGUUGCUCUUUACCAGUCCUCCUGUUACAUAAUUUUUGCUCAAACGCCAUCUUUUUCUGUGAUUUGAGAUCAAAGUACAUCAAUUCCGUGCGUACUGCAACAGCGCAUUCCAAAAGAUGAAAAGAAAUACCUUCGUGAAAGUAACAUAAUAAGGUUGGAAGCUCUGCAGAAAAAUAGCUAAUAAUUUACAUUUUCAAUGUCCGGGAGGUUGGCAUCAUAUCGACUCACGUUUAAAAACAUGAUUAACAGAAAAUCCUUGCGUGUGACCGGAUUUGUUUGAUAACAACUGUCAACCUCUUCCCCAGGGCUUUUUAGGUUUUUAUAUUGAAACGGCCCAAUAUAAAAACCUUAAAACCCCUGGGAAUGAGAUUAUUGGCUGAGAUAUAUAGAAACACGCAUAGAAAAUCUAAUGAAAUUAUAAUCCAACAAAUUAAAGUAUUUACUAGGUUUAAUAUAAGUAGGAUAGAAACAACGUUGGGAGGACAAUCAAAAGGAAAUAUACUUUGACUAGUAUUUAGUCUAAAGGGAAUAACAAAAAUUAAUUACCCAUGACGUUUGUGUAACUAAGUCAUUAGAUAAAGGUUUUAAUAAGAACAAUAAAAUAAAUUAACCGUGACUUUUUUUAAAAGAAAAAUUUUAAAUCAGUUUGAAAAAUCACACAAAAGACAUAAUAAACAUAAAAGUUUAGCAAAAGUGACAUGUUACCGCGGCUGCUUCUUUAGAAAAAACAACACAUCCACUUUGCCUGUUACAGACACACGGAACUGGCGUAUUAUUAUAUAGACUAGUGGUUGCCCGUGGAAAAAUCCACUGGUUCGCCCGUCCUUUAUAUUUACCCGUCGCAUCAAAGUGGAUAAAAAUAUAUCGCAUUUGAUAUUCGUGUUUCCGUAACAUCAUUUUCUAACUCAACGGGGGGUCCGCGCAGAGACAGACAGACGACGGCUAUUAUUAUAGAGAUUUAAUCUGUUGAUCACAUCUUUGCGCGUUGACACGUCUUCCAGCAGUUGGAUAUUUCUGUCUUGCUGCGAUGGGAAUCUCAUCUUCCAAAGAUUUUCAAGUUAUUGUUAAAACAGGAGAUGUUAAAGGAGGCGGGACCGACAGCAAUAUAUAUUGUGCAUUAAUUGAUGAUGAUGGAAACAGAACAUGUGAUGUAAAGUUGGAUUGCUUUUGGAAGAAUGAUUUUGAAAAAGGAAAUGUCGAUACUUUUACAGUGCUAAGUGGACAGAAAAUAGGCUCACUUGCCAGAAUAGAACUAUGGCGCGAUAAAAGCGGCUUAAAACACGAUUGGUUUUUGGAAUAUAUAAAAGUGAUACAAUACACAAAAUUAAAUUCAUCUCUAAAAGAUCUUUUCUCUACCAAAGAAGAAAUUCCAUUUCCUAUAAAUCGAUGGAUCAAAGCAGAUCAAAAAUACACGUUUGAAAUUUACGACUGUUCCUUGCCGCAAGAUGAUAAAAACACAGAACAAAGAAAACGAGAGAUUGAAGAUAUUAAGUCAAGAUAUCUCUGGGAAGAAAAAGACACUGGACUACCAAGAAGGAUCAAGGAAUUACCUGCAGAAGAAAACUUCAGUAAUGACUACAAAUGGGACAUUGUCAAACGUAAAGCUGAACUGAUCUUGCAGCAAAAGUGGAAUUCUUUGAUAACAACGAAUAACUUCGACAGUUUCGAUGAUUAUGAGUCACUCUUUAAAGGAACGUUUGGUAUUCCAUACGGUUUUUCCGAUUGGAAAUCAGAUAAACGGUUUGGUCAGCAACGUUUGAGAGGAUGUAACCCUACCUUGAUCAGACUGUGCACAGAAUUGCCAGACAACUUUCCUGUAACGAAUGAGAUGGUGGAAUCAUUUUUGGAUGGUAAAAAACUUGACGAAGCCAUCAAAGCUAAAGAAGUGUUCAUUGUCAACUUAAAAGAAUUGGAAGGAAUCGCCGUUGCUGAAGGCCGCACUUUAACCAAACCAAUUGCUUUAUUCCACGCCAAGAAAAAUGGAGACCUUCUUCCAAUUGCUAUUCAACUGUUUCAAACACCAUCCGAAGAGAAUCCGAUAUUUCUGCCGAGUGAUCCACCGCACAAAUGGAUGCUUGCAAAGAUGUAUUACAAUAAUACUGACGCUGCCAUUCAUCAAGCAUGCACUCAUUUAGGUUUCACUCAUUUGGUUUGUGAGUCCAUCUGUAUAUGUAUGCAUAGGACGCUAUCACCGUCUCAUCCUGUAUAUAGGCUGCUUGCACCUCACUUUUUAUUUUUACUUGCAAUAAACACGCGAGCUGUUUCAAUGUUGUUAGCAGAGGGCGCAUGGGUUGAUGUAACAAUGUCACCAGGCGUUGCUGGAAUAUUUGAAAUCAUGAAAAGACGUUGGAAGAAAUGGAGAUUGGACGUAAAUGGUUGGCUACCUAGCGAUCUGACCGACAGAGGGGUGGACGACACAACGAAUUUACCCUACUAUUUUUAUCGCGAUGAUGGUUUGCUUGUUCACCAGGCUAUCGUGGAUUACGUCACUGAGAUUAUUGACAUUAUUUAUGUUAACAAUGAAAGACUUACUGGUGAUCAUGAAAUUCAAGAUUUCGCAAAAAUGCUAGUCGAUAAAAAAGAUGGCGCUGGAAUGGAAGGUGUGUUUGGUAAUGGCGAAUUCAAAGAAAAAUCUGAUUUGAUUAAAGUAGCGUCAGCAGUGUUAUUCAUGUCCAGCGUUCAACACGCAGCAGCUAACUUUUGUCAAUACGAUGAAUACGCCUUCUCACCGUUCUACCCCGCCUACCUAAAAGGAGAAGUACCAAACAAUAAAGAUGAAAUCACCGAAGAGGAUGUCGUAAAACAUUUACCAGAAAAAUCUAUGGCAUUAGAUAUUAUGGUGGUGACUAACCUUCUCAGUGAAUGUGGCACCAACAACCUUGGUGAAUUUGAAAUACAGUAUCAGUAUGAACCAGAGAAGUUACAAGCUGUUAAAAGAUUCCAAACUGCUUUAAAAGAAAUCAGUGCUACAAUCAAAGCUCGAAACGAAGAAAGAGAACAUCCUUAUCCGUACCUAGAUCCAGAGGUUGUGCCAAAUGCAAUUAGUAUCUAAAAGACUAAUUUAUUGAUAUGUGUUUUUAAACUAAUUGUACUGUUCCCAGGAACAUUUGUACUGGAUCUGCACGAUGCUUGAGAGAUGUAUUUUAAUUUAAUUGUAGAUGGUUAUACUUCCCGUCCAAAUAUCAAAGCAUUCCCAGAUC